AUGCGAGGUUCAGCAUCAGAGCCUGGAGUUAUUCCACUUGCUGUGUAUGAUCUCUUUAACAUUAUACAUGAGAUUAUUGAGAGCAGGGAGAAAACUGAUGAUGCAGAAGCAGACUUGUCAUGUGAUGCAGUUCGUGUCUCUGUCUUGAUCCAUGUUGAUAAUAUUAAAAACAGUCUUCAAUUUGCAAGCAGAGCAUUUCGAGUGACAAAUGGUGCUCAUGUAAAUGAGAUAUUGACUGAUGCUGCUUUGUUAAAGCGUCAGAGAAAGGAGAUUGAUGAACUGCGUGCUAAAUUAGAAGUUGGAAUAGGUUUUCAUAGUGAGUUGGAAAGAGAGAGAAUGGCCUUAGAGCUGGAAGAGGAAAAGAAAGCACAGGCCGAAAGGGAGAAGAGGUUGCAAGAACAAGUAAAGAAAAUAGAGAACUUGAGUUCAAUGGUAUUCUACACUAAUAGGGAUGAGAUCCGAGAAGUCAACAAGAAGUUGUGCUCCACAGUCAAAGAGAUGCCUUCCGUCGUGAAGUCAACAAGAGCAGAUUGCAAAGCUGCGCCUCUUCUUCCCUUUGAAGAGUUAGUUAAUGAAAUUGAUAUUUUGGAGAUGGAGAAAUCCUCGAGCCAGCAAAAUUUGGACUCAGUUGUUGAGUUAGUUACGGAGCAGACAAUAUCAGCCAGGAGAAAUUUGAAAAGGCAUCAAGCUUUAACUUCUUCUACAUGA